AUGGAAACCAAUACAACAACCAAGGACAAUGAAAAACUUUUACGGUUUUCACAUGGUGUGAUAUUAGAAGAAGGACGAAAUAUAGUAAAUGUAGAUAAUAAUAAAUAUUUAAGGAAAUAUAAAUGGUGGGAAGGAUUUACAAAACCAAAAGAUGCCUUUAAUCCUCAAAAAACAAAAGGAUUUUUAAUUUUAAAAUUACAUUUACAUGAAUAUUUAAAUAAAAUAUCAUCUGUUCGAUCUAAUAACGAUGAUGAAUUAAUGUAUCCUUAUUUAAAAAUAUUAUUAAACAAUGUGGAAGUUUAUAGGUCACGAAUUUUGGAUAAUAAUAUAAACACAUGGGAUGAAGAAUUGUAUCUGGAAAUUCAUUAUAUUAAGGGUAAAGUAGAAAUACAAUUAUAUGAUAUGGAUGAGACAGAUGAAAUAGUUGAAGAUGAAUAUAUUGGCAGUGCACUAAUUGAUUUAACAUAUUUAAAAGUAUCAAAAGAAUAUGAUAUGACCAUAAAAUAUAUAAACCAAACUGCAACAAUAAUAAAUACACAUACUUAUAAAAAGGACAUAUCAAAUAAUACUAAUAUAAAUAAAGAAAAUGAAAAAGUUAUUUCCAAAAAAAAUGAUGAACAAAAUUAUAAUACACUCGAAAAAAAUAGUUUUAGUAAUAAUAACAUUAAAAGUUUGAAAAAAACAUACAAAGAGCCUAAUGAAUAUAGUGUUCGUAUAAUUGCAAAAUUAAUAAAUAAAACAAAAUACAAUGUUUUUAGUUAUAUAUUAAAUUCUAUGUCAUCAUUAAAUUAUAGAUGUAUAGAUAAAACCAGAGGAAUAUUAGAUGCUGAGUUAAAUGUAAAUAAGUUGUAUGAAGAAUUAAAAGUUAUUAAAUUUAAUGCAGAUACAAUUUGGAUACCAUUUUAUUCUAUAAUAUGCAAUUUUACUUCUUGGAAAACACCUGUAUAUUCAGUAUUUUUUGUUAUAUUUUUUCUACUAUCUUUUAUAUUUUCCAAAUUAUUUAUCUCAUUUUUUUUAUUAGUUUUAAGUUUAAUACUUUUUAUUUUAGUAUCGAUUGUUAGAGAAAGUUAUAAGUUAAGAAGGGAAAAAAAUAAUAAAGUCAUAAAAGACCAUGCCCAAAAAAGAAACAAAUAUAAUUUUAUGCACAUUUUGAAACAAAAACAAACUAAUCAAGCUAAAUUAUUAAAUAAAAAAAAUGGAAACUUGAGUACCUGUGAUAGUAUAUCGAGUGGAAGUAUAAAUAGUGACAAUUAUAAUAGUGAAAAUUAUAAUAGUGAUAGUUCUAUUAGUGAUAAUGAAAGUUGUAGUAGCUCAAGCAAUAAUAGUAUUGAUAGUAAUGAAGAAAAUGGAAGUAUUAAAAGUUUUUUUAUGGAAAAUAGAAACAAUGAAGAUUCUGGUGAGGGUUUAUUAGAUUCUAAAAGUUAUACUGAAUCAAAUGAAUUGAAUAAAAAUAUGCGAAUUAAUAAUGUAGGAGAAAAUGAAAAAGAUAAAGAAAAAUAUAAAUUAGAUACAACCAAAAAUAAAAACAAAAAUAUAGAUUCUAAUAAUGUAGACAAAAAUAAUAAUAACAACCUUUGUAGUGAAGAAAGUAGUGAUGAUACAUAUGAUUCUGUGAGUAGUUUAUCUAGAUAUAUGGAUGAUGAUAAUGAAGAUAAUUAUGAUAAGAAAAAAAGAUGCAAUAAUGAUAAUGAUAAUAAUACAAAUAAACAUUCAGAAAAUAAUUUACAAAUUAUUAAAACAUUUAUUUCUAAUCUUAUUGAUGAUGAUAUUAUAAAUAAUAUAAAAUAUUUUCAUUAUAUGGUUCAUCGUUUUUCUAUAUGGUCAAAUACAUUUUAUUAUAUUUUAAGAAAAUUUGGUUAUUUCCUUAUUAUUAUUACAUUACUAUUUUCAUGUCUCAAUAUUUAUUUUUAUUCAUUUGUUUCAAGAUGUUUAAGAUCUAUAAGUUGUUUUGUUGGGUUUGUUUUGUUGACAUAUAAUUUUAAACCAACUCAUGUUGUAUAUAAAUUUUUUUUAUGCAUCUAUGAGUACUAUAUAUUGAAAAUACGCCGAAGAAAUGUUGACAUAUUUACCAUUUAA